AUGGGCAACCAGGAGGCAAAGCAAAAGAGAGCUGCAGCCGCAUCGGGUAAUGGAAGUUACCCUUCUCUGGACGAAGGAUGGAGAGAGGGAGGAGGGGACACGACAAAAAAAGGAGGCAAGAAACUCCAUGGUAAACAUGGAGGUAAAGGAGCAGGCGGCGGUGGAGGAGGAGGUGGGAUGCAUGGCACAGGACAAGGCAAAAAGAAGAACAAAUCCGAUUCCAAGUCCUCUGUUUUCUCUAUCCGUAAGAGAAAGAGCAACCUUAAAGGGAAAGGAGAUGCAUGUUCAUCAGUAACAGGCUCAAAAGAGGAUGUUUUAACAUCUCAACACGAUGAACUGGACAGCACAAAAACACCUGAUCUGUCUGCAGAUGAGCUUGGACAUUCGGACAAUGAGGCUGCUUUUCCUGACAAGAAAAAGAAACUGGAGCAAGGGAAAAAUAUUGGAAAUGGAGGAGGAGAGCCAAAGCAGGAGAUGGUGCGGAAAACCUCAACAGCACCAAUAUCUCCCACAGAGGAUGGAGGACAGAAGGGAGGGAGCUCAGGCUCAGACACGGAUAUCUACAGCUUCCACUCAGCAGCUGAGCACGAGGAUUUACUUGCGGAUAUCCAGUUGGCUAUAAGGCUCCAGCACCAGCAGCAACAUGAGGGGGCUCACCCAAUUGUGGAAGCAGAAGGAAUUGGUGGCAGGGAUCUGAGCCGGGGAGCAGCAGAGGGGAGGAGCAAACAGAGUAAUGGAGUUGUUAAAUUAACCCCUCCUGAGGUGCUUGACCUGACCCCAGAAUUAGAGCUGGGAUCUGAUGCCCUGUCAUACCUUGAGACAGGAAUUCUGUCUGGCUCUGUCAAGAACACAGUCCCACCUCCAACGCUACACCUCCCCUUCCACACAGAGGUACAACAGAGGAGGGAGGAGAAGGAGGAGGUGGAGCAUCUGGAGGCAAAUGGGAAGGGGCAGAGGGGGAGAGAAGUCCCUCUUUGUGUUGCCACAGGCACAAAAGACCAGCAUUCUUUGCUGCAGCAGCCCCCUCUCACAGACAUCUCCAUGGCUACUGCAGGGGGGACAGUCACCAUGACAACCAGUAGUAACAGCUUCCCUGAGUUCCAAUUUGACAGCACUGGGAGAACCCCAGGGAAGGAGGAGGAAGCAGGAGGUGAAAGCCAGCAGGAGGAGGAGAGAAAGUCCGAGGUGGUAGCUGAUCUCAGUCCUCCACUUGCAGACAUCAAUGACAAAAGUCCAGAACCCACAGAAGGGCUAAGCUCAGGGACUGUGUUUGGAGAAGGUGAGGGUCACUUAGGCUCAGGCUCCAGUGCUGAGUCCCUUGAGGACUGUCUGAGUGCUGGUUCUGAACCCAACCACUCUGCCACAGCAGGCAUCAAUUCCUCCCCUGUUGAUGAGCAGUGCAGAAGGAGCAGCGUCUGCUCCACCUCACUGCCUCCUCAGGAGAGCCCCACGUUAGCCAAGCGACUCCUCAGGUCCACCCAAUCUUCCACCUCGUCUAGCCCUGUGGUGAAACCCUACCCUCGCAUCUUCCCAUCCUACAUCAAGACUACCACCAGACAGCUCAGCUCCCCAGGACACUCCCCAGCCCUGUCACCCUCCCACAGCCCCCUGUCCCCUCGCAGAGUCCACCAUCACUUCCACAGGAUGAUGGCUGAAGGUCACCGGGUCCACAGACAGCGCUCUCGCAGCCUUGCUGGCUCGCUGAGUCGCUCAGCUGACUGGACAGAAGAACUUGAGAGGAGGCUAAGGAGCAGAGAGGAGGAUGGAGGUUCAGGAGAAUAUCUGGUGGGCUACAGAGGAGGAGGCAGCCAGCCCAUCUGCGCUACCAGAAGAUCCUCCUGUGGCCAGGUCUCUACAUGUGGCUUUCAGGAUGUCUUCACAGGCCGCACUCUUUUGGAGAAGCUGUUCCUGCAGCAGCAGCAGGAAGAGCCCGAGGAGGCCGAGAGGCUCUGCUCCAGGAUCUUGGCCAUGGGCCUGUUGCUGCCAUUCACAGAAUGCUUCAGAGAGCAGCUGGGAGGCAGCACUGCCCACAUCACCUCCAAUGCAUCAGCCAAGUUUGAUCAUGACCAGUUGUAUACAUGGGCAGCUGUCAACCAGCCACCACACUCCCUGGAGCCACUUGAAGGGAAACUUCCCAGUCAGAUCAAGGGGCCGUGGCCUCCAACAAGGCCAGGUGUCGACACCAGGACUGUACCCAAAUCCACAGAGGCAGAACAUCAUGUAGGCAUCAUGGCUUUGAGGCAACAACCGAAGGAUAACCAAGAGGAAUCUGUCCUUCCUGCAACAAAACUGAAGGAAAAACAUGUGAAUGUUAUCCAGCAGCUGGAACAAACGAUAGAAGACCUCAGGACAAAGAUUGCUGAGCUGGAGCGACAGCCUCCUCUGCUGGACAAGGACAGCAUGAAACCCUCCACCGUCACCACAGACAGGGAGUGUGGAGGAGAGGACGGCCUGCUGAAGGUGGUGUGUGAUGCUCACCUGCAAACAGAAGCAGCUCCGUCUUUAGGCUGCCUGGAGGCCAAGUCGGUGCAGACCUCACCCAUGGAUGAAAGCUUUAAGUUCAAAGUGCCUUGUAGUGAGCCAGGUGGAGGAAGUGGCCCCCUGCAGCCCUCAGCCAGGCAGGAUGGAUUCCAGUGUUCAUGUAGGCUGCAGCCUCCUCCUCCACCCACCCUUCCAGGAGGAGCAGUGCCUCCUCAUUCAGGGCAGACGGUGGCACCUCCUCCUCCUCCUCCUCCUCCACCCUUACCUGGAGGCUCAAUGCCAGCUCCUCCCCCCCCACCUCCUCUUCCACCUGGCUCAGCAGUUCCUCCACCUCCACCUCCACCUCCUCUCCCACCGGGUUCAGCAUGUCCUCCACCUCCACCUCCACUCCCUGCUUCUUCUUCUUCUUCUUCAUUGGUAUGGGACACAAUUGAAGAACCUGAAGUGGACUUUGAGGAGUUUGUGGAGUUGUUUUCCAAAACAGCUGUGAAGAUAAAAAAGCAGCCCCUGUCUGACACCAUAACCAAGUCCAAGGCCAAACAGGUUGUGAAGCUCCUAAACAACAAGCGUUCUCAGGCUGUAGGAAUCCUCAUGUCCUCUCUGCACCUUGACAUGAAAGAUAUCCAGAAUGCUGUCCUAAACUUGGACAACAGCAUAGUUGACCUGGAGACCCUGCAGGCGCUUUAUGAAAAUAGGGUGCAACAGGAGGAGCUGGACAAGAUUGAAAAGCACAUAAAAUCUUCGAAAGACAAGGAGAAUGCCAAGCCUCUGGACAAACCUGAACAGUUUGUCUAUGCACUGACAAGUCUUCCCAACAGACACUGCUUUGGUAUCUGUCACAUUACUGCAUUACAGGACAGUGAGACAGUAAAGACGGUCCUAGGUCUGGUUUUGGCCUUCGGUAACUUCAUGAAUGGUGGUAAUCGAACCAGAGGCCAAGCUGAUGGCUUCACCCUCGACAUCCUUCCCAAACUCAAAGAUGUCAAGAGCAGUGACUCUGUGAAAAGUCUUCUGUCUUAUAUCGUUGCAUACUACCUCAGGCACUUCGAAGAGGAUGCUGGCAAGGAGACGUGUGUGUUUCCUCUCCCAGAGCCUCAUGAUCUGUUCCAGGCCUCACAGAUGAAGUUUGAAGAUUUUCAAAAAGACCUGCUUCGACUCAGGAAGGACCUGAGAGCGUGUACAUCAGAAGUCGAAAAGGUGUGCAAGAUGUCAGAUGAGGAAAACUUGCAGCCUUUCAAAGACAUGAUGGAAAGCUUCUUAGCACAAGCUAAAAGUGAGCUGGAGACUCUGGAUGCUCAACUCAGCAGCACUCACAAACUGUUCCUGGAGCUUACAGUGUUCUUUUCAGUGAAGGCCAAGUCAGGCGAGAAGGAGGUUUCACUCAACACAUUCUUCUGCAUCUGGCAUGAGUUCUCUUCUGACUUCAAGGAACAGUGGAAGAAAGAGAACAAGGCCAUUCUCAAGGAGAGGUUAAAAGCAGCAGAAGAGUGUUUCCGGCAGGCCAAGGAGAAGGCUUCCUACAGUGUUAAACCCAAACAUGCAUCUGGCAUUAAAGCCAAGCUUGGCAUGAAGAUCUAAGUGAGUGGACUUGAUAUGCUUUUUUCCUGACUUUGGACACCAGCAAUGAGUCACAGACAG